GUUGUGAAGUAUCUUUGGGAAUGCCUCGGUUAGGUCGCUUACAGGGAAUUCAGAGAGAUGGUCUGUCAGUCAGGAGGAGUGGUGUCUGCAGACGGCCUGCAUAACUGGAAACGUCAAGUAGAAUAAUGUUCUGUCUGUGGUUGAGCAAUAGAAGCAUGAGAUGGGGAGGCCGAGAUGGCCAAGGUCUAUAGAAAUCUAUAAUUUUCUAAUCAAAGCUGCAACCCUCGUUGUAAUGGCAGAUUUUAAAAUUAAAAUGGAGAGAGGAAUUAUGGAAGUCUUUAAAAUGCUGUAUGUUAACUAAUUCGCAAAAGGAGUUCUUGGCUUCAUUGGGGCUGGCAGUGUUUCUGAGAACUUCUAUGGAACAUGGAAAAUUUCUGUUGAGUGAUUCCAUUUUAUUUUUGGAAAAUAAUAAUAGUUGCUCAUACCCUUACAAUUCAUUAUUAGCAAAUGCUAGCCUGUGUGUAUAAGCUUCCGAUCUUUUGGAGUUUUGAAAAUAGACAUUUAUUUAUAGGUAAGAUUGUAUAGGUAUCGCUGGAAACUCACCGCCAUUCUCGCUUUUCUUCAAAUGUAACUACUGUUACAGAUUUGAUGUCUUUUCAGUCCAUUUUUAAAAUUAUGCCAUUUUAAAAAUUAUAUGUUUUGUUUUGUUUUGGGGCAGGUCUCACUGUGGUUCUGGCUGGCCUGGAACUCACAAUGUAGACCAGGAUAGCCCUGAGCUCACAGAGAUCUCCCUGCUUCUGCCUCCCAAGUUCAGGUACUGAAGGCGCGCACCACCACACACAGAUUCAAUCUUUUAAAUGGCUACUAACUGGGGGCUGGAAAGAUGGCUUAGUGAUUAAGAUCCCUGGUUGUUCUUUCAGGGGACCCGGGUUCCAUUCCCAGCACAAAUGUGUACAGAGACACCUGCAGGUAGAACACCCAUACAUAUCAAAGAAUUGCUGACAAUCAGCAACAAUAACAAACCAACCAGGAGCCUGUACUGACUGCAUAUGCAGUUAUGAAUAGCACGUGUUUAUUUACGCAAAUGGUUGUGCUCCGUGUUUUUCUUGGGCAUUGGUACUCGGAAACUGUUGCAUACAGCUUACAUGUAUAGUGUGUAUGUUUGUGGAUCCAUAGCGCACAUGUGCAGGUCAGAGGACAACCUGUGGAAGUCAGUGUCCCUCCCUCCAACCCUCAUCCUCGUCAGGUAGCUCCUAGGGUUCAAACUAAGAUUGUUAGGCUUGGCAGCAAGUACCACCAUCUGAUCCGUCUUGCUGGCCCUCAUUCAUUUUUAAAAUCUGGGUUUUUUUUUCUUCCAUAUAAAGAGUUUACCAUCCUUCUCCUUAUGGCAUCUGGAUUGUUCUUAGUUUUCCGCGUAGGUCACAAUGAGGUAGAGAAGGGAAGAAUGUCCUUGGGUGUAUCCACGUGGGUAGGGGAGUCUUACCACAGCCUAUCCACCUCUGUGCUGCUAACAAUUUGGGCUCGCUAGAUGUUGAGCUAGCAUAUACAUUUUAGAAUUUCUUGUGGCAUUCCUGCCGUCUGCUUACUAGAAACCAGUGUGGCACUUUGCGGUUCUGGUAACCAGGAAUGUUGCCUGACGGAUUCUCUCUGGUGUUUCCAUUAACACUCAAGGCAUGUGCACGUAGAGUGGAACUGCCAGCUUGUUCCGAUCCAAAUUCAUAAGAUGUUCUUACCAGUGUGGCCUUAGGACGUUUUUUCCAGUCUAGCUGCUGCUAUAACAGACCUUGUCUUAGGCCAGCGUUGGUCUUGCAGUACUAAAGGACUGGAUGGACCACUGAGAUCGUUGUUUGAACGGAUUGAGAACUGCUGUGUGAGUGUUUACUCUCAGUCUCUCAGCACCAGACUUCCCUGCUUGGACUGAUUCUCUGGAUUUGGAUAUCUGUUUUUCUCAGAUGAUGUGGAUGAAGGAGAAAGGGCAAGCACAGGAGAUGUUAGUGUUCUGAGACAAUGCUUAGCGUGGAGGGUGUCCUGGAGAAAUGUUUCUUGAGCUAAUAGCAGGAAUCAACUGUAGCCUUCCUUGGAGAACUGCUUCUUCUAUUUGCUGCCUGGAGUUAACAUUGUUUCCUGCUGGCAGAAUCAGGGACAUGCCAGCACUAGCGGGAUGAGUGGGUGUUCCGGCGGGGAUGUGGUCAUUGACGGCCAAUGAGGACGAGAGCAGUACGGCCCACUUCUUCCUCGGAGCUGGAGAUGAGGGCUUGGGCACCUGUGGAAUAGGCAUGAGGAUGGAAGAGAGUGACAGUGAGCUCCUUGAGGACGAGGAGGAUGAAGUGCCUCCAGAACCUCAGAUUAUUGUUGGCAUCUGUGCCAUGACCAAGAAAUCCAAGUCCAAGCCAAUGACUCAAAUCCUAGAGCGACUCUGCAGGUUUGACUACCUGACUGUAGUCAUCCUGGGAGAAGAUGUCAUCCUCAAUGAACCCGUGGAGAACUGGCCGUCCUGCCACUGCCUCAUUUCUUUCCACUCCAAAGGCUUUCCUCUGGACAAAGCUGUUGCUUACUCCAAGCUUCGAAACCCCUUCCUUAUCAAUGAUCUGGCCAUGCAGUAUUACAUCCAAGAUAGGAGGGAGGUGUAUCGGAUCCUGCAGGAGGAAGGUAUUGAUCUGCCAAGAUAUGCCGUGCUCAACCGUGACCCCGCCUGUCCUGAGGAGUGCAGCCUGAUAGAAGGUGAAGACCAGGUGGAGGUCAAUGGCGCUGUCUUUCCCAAGCCCUUUGUGGAGAAGCCAGUGAGUGCGGAGGACCACAAUGUUUACAUCUACUACCCCAGCUCUGCUGGGGGAGGAAGCCAACGCCUCUUUCGUAAGAUCGGCAGUCGGAGCAGUGUUUACUCUCCCGAGAGCAGCGUCCGGAAGACUGGAUCAUACAUCUAUGAGGAGUUUAUGCCAACAGAUGGCACAGAUGUUAAGGUAUAUACAGUGGGGCCCGAUUAUGCCCAUGCUGAAGCUAGAAAGUCUCCAGCUUUGGAUGGGAAGGUUGAACGGGACAGUGAGGGGAAAGAGGUGCGCUAUCCAGUCAUGCUGACCGCCAUGGAAAAGCUGGUAGCCAGGAAAGUCUGCGUAGCUUUUAAGCAAACAGUCUGUGGAUUUGACCUUCUUCGUGCCAACGGUCACUCCUUCGUGUGUGACGUCAAUGGCUUUAGCUUUGUCAAGAACUCGAUGAAAUAUUAUGAUGAUUGUGCCAAGAUUCUGGGGAACACCAUUAUGCGGGAGCUUGCCCCACAAUUCCAGAUCCCAUGGUCCAUCCCCACAGAAGCCGAGGACAUUCCCAUCGUCCCUACCACAUCUGGCACUAUGAUGGAGCUCCGCUGUGUCAUCGCAAUUAUCCGUCAUGGAGAUCGAACUCCAAAGCAGAAGAUGAAGAUGGAAGUGACCCACCCGAGGUUUUUUGCUCUCUUUGAAAAACAUGGUGGAUACAAGACGGGAAAAUUAAAACUUAAGCGACCUGAGCAGCUCCAGGAGGUACUGGACAUUACGAGGCUCCUGUUAGCCGAACUGGAGAAAGAACCAGGCAUUGAGAUCGAGGAGAAGACCGGGAAGCUGGAGCAGCUGAAGUCCGUGCUGGAGAUGUAUGGGCACUUCUCGGGUAUCAAUCGGAAGGUGCAGCUGACUUACUACCCCCACGGAGUGAAAGCUUCAAAUGAGGGCCAAGAUCCACAGAGAGAAGCCCUGGCUCCCUCUCUCCUGCUGGUACUGAAGUGGGGUGGAGAGCUGACUCCCGAUGGCCGUGUACAGGCCGAGGAGCUGGGACGAGCUUUUCGCUGCAUGUACCCUGGAGGCCAGGGUGACUAUGCUGGCUUCCCUGGCUGUGGGCUGCUUCGUCUCCAUAGCACUUUCCGUCAUGACCUCAAGAUCUACGCGUCCGACGAGGGCCGCGUGCAGAUGACCGCUGCUGCCUUUGCGAAGGGCCUCCUGGCUCUAGAAGGGGAGCUGACACCCAUUCUGGUGCAAAUGGUGAAGAGCGCCAACAUGAAUGGGCUGCUGGACAGCGACAGUGACUCCCUGAGCAGCUGCCAGCACCGUGUCAAGGCACGGCUGCACCACAUUUUGCAGCAGGAUGCACCCUUUGGCCCCGAGGACUAUGACCAGCUGGCUCCCACCGGAAGCACUUCUCUCCUCAACUCCAUGUCUAUCAUCCAGAAUCCUGUCAAAGUCUGUAAUCAGGUGUUUUCCCUGAUUGAAAACCUAACCCACCAGAUUCGGGAACGGAUGCAGGACCCCAGCUCUGUAGACCUGCAGCUCUACCACAGUGAGACUCUAGAGCUAAUGCUGCAGCGUUGGAGCAAACUAGAGCGCGACUUUCGGCACAAGAGCGGGCGCUAUGACAUCAGCAAGAUCCCUGAUAUCUACGACUGUGUCAAGUAUGAUGUACAACAUAACGGGAGUCUGGGGCUUCAGGGCACAGCCGAGUUGCUGCAUCUUUCAAAAGCUCUGGCCGAUGUGGUCAUUCCCCAGGAGUAUGGGAUCAGUCGGGAGGAGAAAAUGGAAAUUGCUGUGGGCUUCUGUCUUCCCCUUCUGCGGAAAAUCCUGCUUGACCUACAGAGAACCCACGAGGAUGAGUCUGUCAACAAGCUGCAUCCCCUGUACUCCCGUGGAGUGCUCUCUCCAGGGCGCCAUGUUCGAACACGUCUGUAUUUCACCAGUGAAAGUCACGUUCACUCCCUACUCAGUGUCUUCCGUUAUGGGGGACUUCUUGACGAGACCCAGGAUGCACAAUGGCAGCGAGCUUUGGCUUAUCUUAGUGCCAUCUCAGAGCUCAACUACAUGACCCAGAUUGUUAUCAUGCUUUAUGAGGACAACACACGGGACCCAUUGUCGGAGGAGCGGUUCCAUGUGGAGCUCCACUUCAGCCCUGGGGUGAAAGGUAUUGAAGAGGGCAGUGCCCCAGCUGGCUGUGGAUUCCGCCCAGCUUCUUCAGAGAAUGAGGAGAUGAAAGCAGAUCAAGGCAGCAUAGAGAACCUGUGCCCAGGGAAGUCCUCAGAUGAACCAGACCGAGCAUUGCAGACCUCUCCCCAACCUGUCGAGGGCACUGGCCUCCCAAGGAGGUCACCCCUCAUUCGGAAUCGAAAAGCUGGCUCCAUGGAGGUCAUGAACAUGCAGUGCACGGGGAACCUGGACCUGAUCCCCUUGAGGGGACGGCGCCGCAGGAGGUCAGGAGACCUCCCUCGGCUUUCCCCAGCCAUCGGCCUACAGCCCCGGGCUGUGUCCACCACUCACCUGGCUUCCUGCACACAGGUGCUGUCUGAGACUUCAUCUUCAAGGCCCGGUGGCUACCGGCUGUUUUCAUCUUCGCGUCCCCCAACAGAGAUGAAGCAGAGUGGCCUAGGCUCACAGUGCACAGGGCUAUUCAGCACCACAGUGCUGGGCGGUUCCUCCAGCGCUCCGAAUCUUCAGGACUACGCCCGCAGCCAUGGCAAAAAACUCCCGCCUGCCAGUCUAAAGCACCGAGAUGAGCUCUUGUUUGUCCCGGCCGUAAAACGAUUUUCUGUGUCGUUUGCAAAGCAUCCGACUAACGAGCUGCUGGAUGACCAGCACCCUGUGGUCCGGUUGCUGCGCACUUUUUCCUCUGACUGCCCAAGGGGCUGGCCAGUUUCCUUGGAUGCCACGCUGGCGCACCACCUGCACCAGUGCUCCUACCACCUGCGCCUCUUCCGGAACUGGCUGCGCUCAGGCCAGGAUGACCCCGAGUGCCUCUACGGAUUUGAAGGGUGCUCCAUGGUACCUACCAUCUACCCCCUGGAAACACUACACAAUGCCCUUUCCCUGCGUCAAGUGAGUGAGUUCUUGACUAAAGUCUGCCAGCACCACACUGAUGCCCAUGCACAGGCAUCUGCAGCCCUCUUUGACUCUGUGCACAACCCGGCCUCAGAUAGCCCGUUUUCCCCACCCCGUACUCUUCACUCGCCACCGCUGCAACUCCGGCAUCGCUCUGAAAAGCCACCUUGGUACAGCAGUGGUCCUUCCAGCACCGUGUCCAGUGCUGGACCUUCCUCUCCUACUGCAGCGGAUGGAAACUCACAUUUUGGCUUCAGUGAUCAGUCCUCUGUAAAUACACAUAUGACUGAAGAAAGCCAAGGCCUUGGGCUGCUCCAGGAGCCUCCUGGAGACAGAACACAAGAGUUCCCCAUAGAAAGACCCCAAGAGCUUGUGGAGCCCGAUCAGCCUCCUCAGGAAUCACCUGUGGAAACCAGCCCUCUAGGAGGCCAGGAUGUUGCUGAGGUCAGCCAGUUAUGCCAGGAGGUCCCAGAUGCCACCCAGACAUGCUCUAACAUCCUUGAGGAGGUCCCUGACAUCAGCCAGCUGUUCCUGAAGAACUAUGACACUGCCACCAGCACAUGUCAGCCAGGCCAGGCCAACCAACUGUCUCACAAGGCUUAUGAGGAAGCCAGCCAGCUUUGUCAAGACAACCCUGAGGAGAGUAACCAACUGUGCCAGGAGGUCCCUGUGGAGCUGGGCAGGAUGGCCCAUGGAGGCCCUGUAAGCAUUGGUAGCAUGGUCCAGGAAACAGUUAUGGAAAUUGGCAGGCCAACCCAAGAGAUCCCUGAAGAGAUCGGCCCGCCAUGCCAGGAAUUCUCUGUGGAGGUUGGCAUACUGGCUCAGGAAGUCCCUGCCAUCAUCGAGUUGUCUCAAGACAUUCCUGAGGCUGACAGAUCAUCCAAAGAGCUCACUGAGGAGGCUGGUCUGCAGGCUCAGGAGGUCUCUGAGGAGACUGAUCAAGACUCCAGGGAGGAUCUCCCCCAAGGCCAGGAUCCAUCUAGUGAUGUAAACACUGAAAGUCAGCCUCUGGCCCAGGACCAGCACUCCUCCAGCAACGUGUAAUUAGUCGCUUUCCCCCUGGUGUCGUCCUCCACCAGCCAUCUGAGCCAGUGGCCUUUCUGUUGGCUGACGCACCAGCCAGAGCAAGGCCUGGGCUCACAUCAGGGAUGUCUGAGGAAGUAUAAAACCUAUGCCUAAGGGGAGCUAAUCUAUGUUCAGAGCAGUUAUUCGCUCUUCACUAGCUGUGGGGUAGGAAAUCAUAGAUUGUUCAAGGAAAUGCCACUUAACUGUUGAUACUGGUGAGGGGAUAGCAAAUGUACAAUGGAAGGCAGAAGGCUUUCUACUUGUUGAAGGAAAUAUUCACAACUUCUUAAGGUACCCUCAGACCAUAUGUGCAUUCAAGGAAGCUCUUGUCUUCACUGUCACAGGCAGGCCCAGGGCAGCCGCCCGAAAUGUCUGCCGAAUAGAGUUGCCUUCUCACAAACAUCUGUCGUGGCCACUCAUGGCCUAGAAUGGGCUCAUGGGUGUUUCCGUAUAAUUGCCAAGUGCUCCCUCUGCCCUAGUCCUGCUCCUCUGGACGGUGACUCUAGAGAAAAGUAAUAUUAGAUUGCCAUGCAACUUCAGGGUGACUACCUGCUCUGGGAGAUUUGGAUCAAUCUAUGAAGCUAGGCCUCCUUUUGUUGUGAGGCUGUUGGGUUUAGAAGAUGCUAUAGUAGAGAGAAUAAGUUCUAUUUUAAGCAAUUAGCAGAGAUCAAUGAUGUACAGACAUGAGCAAAGAUUUAAUAUAUAUAUAUAUAUAAACAUAUAUAUUUCUGUAGUUUGCCAGGGACAGACUGGCCAAAGAUCAAACACUCCAGGGUCCCCACGACGUCUGUCCUUAUACCAUGUGUCUUUAGGACCAUAUAUGAUUAUGAAGCUUUUCCCAAAGAUUUAGGGGUGGAAGUGGGCGUGGAUAAUGCAGUCAUUGGAGUCAGGGGCCGGGACAUAACGAGUGCUCAAUAAAUACGAGAUAAUGAGAACACAGGUGGUGACGCCUUUGUGAACUCGAUAAUCAAAAGGUAAGCCAGUUGUGUCUGUGACUGAAUCAAUCAAACUGUUGUAGUUGAGCAGGGAUUGGCUUUAAAAAUAGAGAAGUCUGGCAUUUGAGUCCCUAUAGGGUCAGUCUUCCUCCCCAAAUGUUUUUAAUGAACAGAGUGCUGAGAAGUGUGACUGGAACAAGAUUUGAGUUCUGUGAAGUGGCAAAGGCCACUGCCUUCUCACCAGCUCCCAAGAAACACGCCCUAAUGUCUUCUCCAGUGCCUUAGAGGGAAACUGACAUGAAGAAGUAAUGCCUGGUCGUCUCUUUUUUUUUUUUUUUUUUUUUUUUUUUUUUUUUUUGAUUUUCGAGACAGGGUUUCUCUGUAGCUUUUGGUUCCUGUCCUGGAACUAGCUCUUGUAGACCAGGCUGGCCUCGAACUCACAGAGAUCCACCUGCCUCUGCCUCCCAAGUGCUGGGAUUAAAGGCGUGCGCCACCACCACC